AGCAACAACUGGACCAGAUUAUCUUUUAUUUCAAAUCACACACACAAGCUCCUCCCUCUCUCUCUCUCUCUCUCUCACACACACACACACACACACACACACAAACUCACACACUCUUUUUCGUUUUCAGUCUCAGGGCUGUGUUGUGUUUCUGUUGUGGAGAUCGAGAGAGGACGAGAGACUAUCACUCAGAGAGAGAGGUUUAGAAAGUGGACUCUGCACCACAGUGUGUGUGUAUGUGUGUGUAGCAUUUGACCACGGAGGACGAUUUUCUGGAUAUACCGUAUAAACCGUGUGUGUGUGUGUGUGUGUGUGUAUAAGUGUGUGUGUGUGUGUGUGUGGAGGAUGAUGGAGGCGUCAGAUGCUCAUGAGGAAGCAAAAGAGAAGAAGAAGAUCCACUUCUCCGUUCCCUCUACAGCCCCGACGCAGCUCGACCCCCGCCAGGUGGAGAUGAUACGCAGACGGAGGCCGACGCCCGCCACGCUGUUUCGAGUAGCUGACCAGCCGUGUCCAGAGGACGAUUACACCGCGGGGCAGUGGGUGGUGGGUGAGAACGGAGUCCUCAGACCAAAACGCCUCAAUCCCAACGUCUACCAGCCUCCUUCACUGAAAGCUGUUCAGCAGAUGGCUGAGGCUCACAUGCAGAAGUUGGGUGUGUAUCCUCACGUGGAGGAGGAUGGAGAGGAUGAAGAGCGGGUAUUAAGGUGUACUACUGAUUCACAGACGGAGUCGAGCUCGAGCGACGACCCGAGUAAACCACUGACCAGUGACAGAACUGACGAGGGAAAAGAGGAGGAAGAGGAGGAGGAAGAGGAGGAGGAAGAGGAGGAGGAAGUGAAGCAAAAGCAAAAGGAAGAAGAAGAGGAAACAGCAGAUGAUGAGAAACAUGGAGCGACAGAUGGAUGAAAGAAGGAAAGAGAUGAUGGAGCUUUACACAGAAUAGUUAAAAUGGAGGAGUGGAAGUGUGUGUGUGUGUGUGUGUGUGUGUGUAUGUGUGUGUGUGUGUGAGUGUGAGUGUGAGUGAGUGUGACUGUGACUGUGACUGUGUGUGUGUGUGAGUGUGAGUGUGUGUGUGUGAGUGUGAGUGUGAGUGUGUGUGUGUGUGUGUGUGUGUGUGUGUGAGUGUGAGUGAGUGUGUGUGAGUGUGUGAGUGUGAGUGUGUGUGUGUGUGUGUGUGUGUGUGUGUGUGUGUGUGUGAGUGAGUGUGUGUGAGUGAGUGUGUGUGAGUGUGUGAGUGUGUGUGUGUGAGUGUGUGUGUGUGAGUGUGUGUGUGUGUGUGUGAGUGUGUGUGUGUGAGUGUGUGUGUGUGAGUGUGUGUGUGAGUGUGUGUGUGAGUGUGUGUGUGUUCUCCCAUUAGGCUCUUCCUAACAAUCCCCAGGUCCAUUUAUUCGUAUAUGCAGUAUGUAUACACACACUGAAGACUAGGUCAUAGAUAAAAAUCAUAUAAAUAAUUUGAAAAAGUUGUUGAUGUUUUAUUUUAGUGUUUUAAUUAUUUUGGAAAAUAAAUAAGUUAUUAAAUAAUUCGAUAAUAAAGUAUGAUUGUGUGUGUGUGUGUGCACGCGCUAACUCUAA